UUCUAUUCAAAUAAGAAAGAACACCCAUGUACAUAUGUAUGCACAUGGAGCAGAUUGGCCACUUCAAUUAAAUUACUUUAUUGAUCCUAUCCCAAGGAGAAUGCUACUAGUGUCAACCAUGCAAAAGACUUUAUAUAAAGACAGAGAGUGAGAGAUUAGGGCACGGAAAUCACAAGGGUGAUUAAGCAGUAAUCGUGGUGUUAAUCCUGUUCCCCUUUAAAUUUGAGUCGUUGGCCUGCAUCACCCACCCUCGGCCUCUACUCUACAAACUCCUCCCUCCCUCUUCUCUUCUCUCGUAGCUCGCCUUGCCGUCUCCCUCACCUACACAACCCCGCGUCGCCCAUGGCGUCCUCGCCGACCUCCACGGCGCCACACGACCGCAAGCUCGAUCCCGCCGCCUCGCCGGCAGCCAGGUGGCGGACGAGGCGGGAGCAGGAGAGCUACUCCUCCAAGCUGCUCGACGCGCUGCGCCUGGUCCGCGCCGCCAGCGGCAGACCAUCACCCGCGUCGUCGCGCGAGGUGCGCCACGCGGCCGACCGCGCCCUCGCCGUGGCGGCGCGAGGGCGGUCGCGGUGGAGCCGCGCCAUCCUCGCCUCCCGCGCGCGCGCGUGCGCGCUCCGCCGCGUGCGCCUCGGCGCGCCGCCCCCGCCGCCCGCCGCGCGUCCGGCGCCGCGCUCGCGGCCGCCGCUGGCGAGCAAGGCGAAGGUGCUGGGGCGGCUAGUGCCCGGGUGCCGGAAGCUGGCGUUCCCGGCGCUCCUGGCGGAGGCGUCGGACUACAUUGCUGCGCUGGAGAUGCAGGUGCGCGCCAUGGCGGCGCUCGCGCAGGCACUCCAGUCCGUGGCACCCGCGCCGCCGCCGCCGCCGUCGUCGUCGUGAUCUCACCUCCUCAUCGUCAUCCAGUUCGGAUUUGGCCUGUGUGUCUGUACAUGAUUUUUUUUUUUUUUGGGGUUCGGGCUAGCUUGGCCAUUGUUAGUGAAUUGAUGAUGAAAAUCGAAAUGAGUUUUUGGGUUUAGUUUGGUCAGGAUUAUCAUUAAUUUUUGUUUAUAGGUCUGGUGUUAUCUCGACUCUGCAGUGAAAGCAAGCAGGAGAUUUGAGAUUUUUCAUACGCUUUUUUGAGUAUGUAUGUUGGCGAUCGAUCGAUGGAUCGAAUGGAAUCGCUUCUGCAGUCAAGUCAUGGUCAGACUGAUUGAGAAAUGCUUUUGCUUCUUCUGACAAUAAAAUGUUCUAUUCGCAAAA